GAAUUGGAAGAAAUGUUGAAUCCCAUGGGCACAACACAGGCAAAUCCUUAUACUGAGAAUGCUGCUGAGUUACAUAUUCAGUUUCAUGAAUAUAGCAAAGUAGCAAUUUUCUAUCCUGCUUUUGACAAGAUCUUGGAGAAGGCAGCGGAGAUUGCACGAAGCAACGACACCCUAAGCACAUCAGGUCGAGGAUGGAAGAAAUUACAUAUUGAGCUAAGAGAAAUCAUGGAACGAGAUCCAUUAUCACAAUUGUGUGAAAAUGAGAUGGAUUUAAUAUGGACCCUACGAUAUGAUUGUCGUGAAAACUUUCCUCAGUCACUGCCCAAACUGCUGCUCUCAGUAAAGUGGAAUAAACAUGAAGAUGUGGCACAGCUCCAAGCGUUGCUCCAAAUAUGGACCAAAAUAGCACCGAGGGAGGCAUUAGAAUUGCUGGACUUCAACUAUCCAGACCAAUAUGUGCGGGAAUAUGCUGUGGGAUGUUUGAAAGAAAUGAGUGAUGAAGAGCUUUCUCAGUAUCUCCUACAGCUGGUGCAAGUACUGAAAUAUGAGCCAUACUUUGACUGUGCCCUUUCCAGAUUUCUUUUGGAGCGAGCGCAAGCCAACAGAAGAAUAGGUCACUUCUUGUUUUGGCAUCUCAGGUCUGAAAUGCAUCUACCUGCCACUUCUCUGCAAUUUGGGUUGAUUUUGGAGUCAUACUGUCGAGGAAGUAUCACUCAUAUUAAAGAUCUUUCCAAACAGAUGGAAGCUCUGAGUAAGAUGAAAGCUAUCAAUAGUCUUGUGAAAAUCAGUUCACUGAAGGUGGCAAAGAAUAAGUUGAAGGAUGUGAUUCAUACCUGCUUGAAACAGCCUGUGUACCAGGAAGCAUUGUCCAACAUUCAGUCACCACUGAAUCCCAGUGUUAUCCUUUCAGAACUGAAUAUAGACAAAUGCAGGUAUAUGGAUUCCAAAAUGAAGCCUCUCUGGAUAUUGUACAACAAUAAAAUGUUGGGAGGAGAGCCAGUGGGAAUUAUCUUUAAAAAUGGUGAUGAUCUGCGACAGGACAUGUUGGCUCUGCAGAUUCUCCACUUGAUGGACAUGCUGUGGAAGGAGGCAGGCUUAGACCUCAGAAUUGUGCCUUAUGGCUGCCUUGCAACGGGAGAUAAAUCUGGUGUAAUUCAGGUGGUGUCUGCUGCAGAAACUAUAGCGAAUAUCCAGCUAACUAAUAGUAAUGUUGCUGCUACUGCUGCCUUCAACAAAGAUGCUUUGCUAAACUGGCUCAAGGAAAAGAAUUCUGCAGAUGCUCUUGAACGAGCAAUUGAGGAAUUUACCCUGUCAUGUGCUGGAUACUGUGUAGCAACCUAUGUGCUGGGGAUUGGCGAUCGACAUAGUGACAACAUCAUGGUCCGGGAAUCUGGCCAGCUCUUCCAUAUUGAUUUUGGACACAUUCUUGGCAAUUUCAAGUCUAAGUUUGGAAUUAAGAGAGAGCGUGUGCCUUUUAUUCUUACCUACGACUUCAUUCACGUCAUUCAACAAGGAAAAACAGGGAACACGGAAAAAUUUAGCAGGUUCCGUCAAUAUUGUGAAGAAGCUUACCUAAUUCUGCGCAAGAAUGGAAACCUGUUCAUUACUCUGUUUGCACUAAUGUUGACAGCAGGACUACCUGAACUAAGCUCUAUCAAAGACAUCCAAUACCUUAAGGACUCUCUUGCUUUAGGUAAAAAUGAUGACGAAGCAUUGAAGCAGUUUCGACAAAAGUUUGAUGAGGCCCUUCGUGAAAGCUGGACAACAAAAGUGAACUGGAUGGCUCACAUUGUGGCCAAAGACAAAUGGUCCUAGCAAAUUUUUAGCAAUGCACUGAAAGAAAUGCCGGAAGUUAAAUGAGGAAACAGCUUGCCUCUGGACCAAAUUGCAGGAGAAUUCUACAGUUGUUGCACUUCAUGCCUUCCAACCUCUAGUGCAACUAUAACAUUAUGAAAUAUGUAUAUAUUUGCUGGAUCUUGCUGACUUUGCACGCUGCAGGCGACUGGUUGCUUCAUCUUGAGAUUUUUAAUGGCAUGGUACUAGUGGAAUAGAUGUACACUUUUCCAGAAGUUGAGGCUGACUGAUACCAAAUAUUGAACACUAUCAACAUAGAUUCUGUGUGAUUGCUAUUGGGUGUUCCUAUUCAUAUUGUUUAUGUUGGAUUCAUUUUAAGUGGAAGAUUUUAUUUUAGAUCAGUUAGUCUGGACUGAAAGGUCAUGAUAGGAUCCAAUUAACAGGAAUUGGUGAUAGUUAGUUAUUUUUUAUGAAAUAAGCAUUUACAUAAUUCUGGAUUUUAGCUGACACGAGUCUAUCCCAUAGUAAAACACCGAUCUUAGUAUCAAUCUCCUUGGACGCUAUUUGAUCAGUGCCAUAUUGCUGCAGAUGUUGUUUUAAAUCCAAGGAGAAUGAUUCUGUUUUCACCGAAAAUCAUGAACAAUAGGUCAAUGUUAUAAAGUUGGUCUAAAAGGAAAAUAAACUGGUAUUUUAUACUCAAGACACAUCUAUUCUACCCAUGACACUACUCAUCAUUUUAUGGAUGAUUUGCAAACAACUGGUGAAUAAGCCUAGAAUUGCUAUUUUUGUUCUCCAACUAUUGUUGAGAUCUUAGCACUGAAUAAGGAAAAUGCUUAGCAGUGGUGUAUUUGUGAAUUUGCAUUUUAACAUGUCAAGUCAACUUUAGAUUUUGAGUGAUUUCAAUCAAGCUUUGUGGUGUGUUUCAGAUGAUGUUGUAGAGAUGGUUAGAAAGAUAGCUUCAGUUUUGCACCAUCGGUUUAAGAGCCUAUCUGGAAUUAAUUCAAAGGGCUUUAGGUGCAUUUUUCAGGCUGUGUUAUCCCAGGAAUGAUAAAGCUGUGCUGGCUUGACUUCCAGUCACUUUAAUGAUGAUUACUAAGAUAAAUUGAAAUCAGUUUUUAAGUUCCAUUCUCGAAUGUAGCUUUAUUUUAAUCAUUUGUGGGAUGUACUCAUUGCUGGCUGGGCCAGCAGUUAUUGCCCAUUCUGAGUUGCCCUGGGAGAACCUCUGCUGGUCCAUUUUUUCCAGGUAGACAAACAACGCCAAUAGUGAGGGAGUUCCAGGAUUUUGACCCAGCAACACCAAUGGAAUGGUGAUUAUUCCACGUCAGGAUGAUGAGUGGCUUUUUGGUGGUGGUGGUGCUGUCAUGCAUUUUGUCCUGGAGAAUAGAAUUCACAUGUUUGGAAGGAGCUGUCAAAAGGCAGCUUGGAGAGUUAAUGCAAGUGCAUUACAUGGAUUGUACACAUUGCUGCCAUUAUAUGUCAGUGGUGAAGAGAGUGAGAAUGUGCUCUGUCGUGUGUGAACUUAUUAAUGGUGUCUGCUCAACAUGAGGCAACAGAGAGGAUACUUGUAAGGAAAAGAAUUGCUCUGAUCACACGUUAUCUUAAUGUAAGCAUGAUCCUUAGAUCAGACUUCUGAUAUUGCAUAACAUCUGGAUUGUCUAGGUAGUCUGAUGUGCUUAUCUGAUAUAGAUUCAUUUUGUCACAGUGUUAUCAAGUUUGCUAAUUAAUAUUUUGAGGCAUACCCAAAUUGGUCCGACACCACCGUUUAAAUGAACAGAGAAUAUAUUGGUAUUUACAAAAUGUAAAUUGUUUAGUAAACCAUAUGGAACAGAUUUUUUAAACUUGAUCUUUGAAUUCUAAAUGCCAGGCUGUCCUGCGGUGAUUCUGAUGUGAAAUUGUACUGGGAAACUAAUAUUUCUACUGUGGUGGAGGCCUUCUGUAGUUCCACUCAGACACACCAAAAGCACACUGCAGCAAACCACAAAGGAGAUCACUUGGUUCAAUCUGAAUGUGAUUUUUUCUGACCCUCAGCAGCUAUUGUUUAUUAAGGGUCCUGCCACUUUUUUUUUGACUCAGCUAUUUUAAUGCUACUUUAAUUUGCCUUUAUCUACAGUGCUGCUCAAUGGAGGGGUAAGAUAUAUAACAAGUAAACAGUGAGCACUGCAGUUUUGAUGCCUAGAUGGAAUGGUACUGCAUUUUCUCUUCCCUGGUGCUACUGCAGGCAACCACUUGUAAUUCGUGCAAUACAAAGAUUUUUGUCACAAAAUAGUCAUGGUUGCAGGCAUUAAAACAUUAGUGAGGGAACUAUCUUCAAUUCUUCUGCCUUUUCAGGUGAAGGGCUAUCAUGGUUUUAACAAUAUCGGUAUUACAAGUUAAUGUAACCUUUGCUUUCACUUUUUAAGCUGAAAAUUUAUUAAAGGUAAUUUGGAAUAAGGUAGCUUCCUUACAAGCAUUGUGUAUGUGGUGUUAUCACCAUUUAACUGUGUUGAAUAUUAUAUGGUAAAUAAAUGUUAAAAGCACA